AGAUGGCGGCUGAAGGCGAUCCGGAGUGGGGCCCCAGCAAUUCGGAUUGAGCCUUCUCCCUCCACCCGCUUCCGCCGGCCGGGCCCCUCCCGCCCGGCCCCGCGGGCCUCCCCACCCGGCCCCGGCGCCCCCCACCGCCACCCCUCCGCCCGCCCCUCCCCCCUCCGCUUUCCCUUCUCCCCCCGCCUGGGCUCCAACAUGAGGGGCCGGCGGGGCAGGCCGCCCAAGCAGCCCGCGGCUCCCGCUGCGGAGCGCUGCGCCCCGGCCCCGCCGCCGCCGCCUCCGCCGCCGCCCACGUCCGGACCCAUCGGGGGGCUGCGCUCGCGGCACCGCGGCAGCAGUCGGGGCAGGUGGGCCGCCGCCCAGGCUGAGGUGGCGCCCAAGACGCGGCUGAGCUCGCCCAGGGGGGGCAGCAGUAGCCGGAGGAAGCCGCCGCCGCCGCCGCCGCCGGCCCCCCCCAGCACCAGCGCCCCGGGCCGGGGGGGGCGAGGAGGCGGGGGCGGCAGGACGGGGGGCGGGGGCGGCCACCUGGCCCGGACCACCCCGGCCCGGAGGGCCGUCAACAAAGUGGUGUACGAUGACCACGAGAGCGAGGAGGAGGAGGAGGAGGACAUGGUCUCCGAGGAGGAGGAGGAGGACGGCGACGCCGAGGAGACCCAGGAUUCGGAGGACGACGAGGAAGAUGAGAUGGAAGAGGACGACGAUGACUCCGAUUAUCCGGAGGAGAUGGAAGACGACGACGACGACGCCAGUUACUGCACGGAAAGCAGCUUCAGGAGCCAUAGCACCUAUAGCAGCACUCCAGGUAGGCGAAAACCAAGAGUUCAUCGGCCUCGUUCUCCAAUAUUGGAAGAAAAAGACAUCCCACCCCUUGAAUUUCCCAAGUCCUCUGAGGAUUUAAUGGUGCCUAAUGAGCAUAUAAUGAAUGUUAUUGCCAUUUAUGAGGUACUGCGGAACUUUGGCACUGUUUUAAGGUUAUCUCCUUUUCGCUUUGAGGACUUUUGUGCAGCCUUGGUGAGUCAAGAGCAGUGUACACUUAUGGCGGAGAUGCACGUUGUGCUUUUGAAAGCAGUGUUGCGUGAAGAAGACACUUCCAAUACUACCUUUGGACCUGCUGAUCUGAAAGAUAGCGUUAAUUCCACGCUGUAUUUCAUUGAUGGAAUGACGUGGCCGGAGGUGCUGCGGGUGUACUGUGAGAGUGACAAGGAAUACCAUCAUGUUCUUCCUUACCAAGAAGCAGAUGACUAUCCUUAUGGACCAGUGGAGAACAAAAUCAAAGUUCUGCAGUUCUUAGUCGAUCAGUUUCUCACCACAAAUAUUGCUCGUGAGGAGUUGAUGUCUGAAGGGGUGAUCCAGUAUGAUGACCAUUGUAGGGUUUGUCACAAACUUGGGGAUUUGCUUUGCUGUGAGACAUGUUCAGCAGUAUACCAUUUGGAAUGUGUGAAACCACCUCUCGAGGAGGUGCCAGAGGAUGAAUGGCAGUGUGAAGUCUGUGUGGCACAUAAGGUGCCUGGUGUGACUGACUGUGUUGCUGAAAUCCAAAAAAACAAACCAUAUAUUCGACAUGAACCUAUUGGAUAUGACAGAAGUCGGAGGAAAUACUGGUUCUUAAACCGAAGACUCAUAAUAGAAGAAGAUACAGAAAAUGAAAAUGAAAAGAAAAUUUGGUACUACAGCACAAAAGUCCAGCUUGCAGAAUUAAUUGACUGUCUCGACAAAGAUUACUGGGAAGCAGAACUCUGCAAAGUUCUGGAAGAAAUGCGAGAGGAAAUCCACAGGCACAUGGCCAUAACCGAAGACCUGACCAAUAAGGCUCGGGGCAGUAACAAAUCCUUCCUGGCAGCAGCUAAUGAAGAAAUUUUGGAAUCCAUAAGAGCCAAAAAGGGAGAGAUUGAUAUUGUUAAGAGCCCAGAAGAAAUAGAAAAGGACAACAGUGAGACUGAGAAUAACUCCAAAGAUGCUGAGAAAAGCAGAGAGGAGUUUGAAGACCAGUCCCUUGAAAAAGAAAAUGAUGAUAAAACACCAGACGAUGAUCCUGAGCAAGGAAAAUCUGAGGAGCCAACAGAAGUUGGGGAUAAAGGUAACUCUGUAUCAGCAAAUCUUGACGACAACACAACAAAUGCUUCUUCAGAAGAGACUAGUCCCUCUGAAGGGAGGAGUCCUGUGGGGUGUCUUUCAGAAACCCAUGAUAGCAGCAACAUGGCAGAGAAGAAGGUGGCAUCUGAGCUCCCCCAGGACGUGCCAGAAGAACCUAACAAGACAUGUGACAGCAGUAACACUAGUGCUACCACUACCUCCAUGCAGCCUAAUCUGGAAAACAGUAACAGCAGCAGUGAACUAAAUUCUUCCCAGAGUGAAUCUGCUAAGGCAGCUGAUGAUCCUGAAAAUGGAGAAAGAGAGUCUCAUACACCUGUCUCUAUUCAAGAAGAGAUAGGUGAUUUCAAAUCAGAGAAGUCUAAUGGGGACAUAAGUGAGUCUCCUGGAGGUGGAAGAGGAACCUCUGGCUCAACUCGAAUCAUCACCAGGUUACGGAACCCGGACAGCAAACUUAGUCAGUUGAAGAACCAACAGGUGGCAGCUGCAGCACAUGAAGCAAAUAAAUUAUUUAAGGAGGGCAAAGAGGUACUGGUAGUUAACUCUCAAGGAGAAAUAUCACGGCUGAGCACCAAAAAGGAAGUGGUCAUGAAAGGAAAUAUCAACAAUUAUUUUAAGUUGGGUCAAGAAGGGAAGUAUCGUGUCUACCACAAUCAAUACUCCACAAAUUCAUUUGCUCUGAAUAAGCACCAGCACAGAGAAGACCAUGACAAGAGAAGGCAUCUUGCACAUAAGUUCUGUCUGACUCCAGCAGGAGAGUUCAAAUGGAAUGGUUCUGUCCAUGGCUCCAAAGUUCUCACAAUAUCUACCCUGAGACUGACUAUCACCCAACUGGAAAACAAUAUCCCUUCAUCCUUUCUUCAUCCCAACUGGGCUUCACACAGGGCAAAUUGGAUCAAGGCAGUUCAGAUGUGUAGCAAACCCAGAGAAUUUGCAUUGGCUUUAGCAAUUUUGGAGUGUGCAGUUAAACCAGUUGUGAUGCUACCAAUAUGGCGAGAAUCUUUAGGACAUACCAGGUUACACAGGAUGACAUCAAUUGAAAGAGAAGAAAAAGAGAAAGUCAAAAAAAAAGAGAAGAAACAAGAAGAGGAAGAAACGAUGCAACAAGCUACAUGGGUAAAAUAUACAUUUCCAGUUAAACAUCAGGUUUGGAAACAAAAAGGAGAGGAAUACAGAGUAACAGGAUAUGGUGGUUGGAGCUGGAUUAGUAAAACUCAUGUUUAUAGGUUUGUUCCUAAAUUGCCAGGCAAUACUAACGUGAAUUACAGAAACUCUUUAGAAGGAACCAAAACUAAUAUGGAUGAAAACAUGGAUGAAUCAGAUAGAAGAAGAAGUCCACGAAGUCCAAAAAAAAUAAAAACAGAGCCUGAUUCUGAGAAAGGCGAGGUAAAAGAUUCAGAUUCUGCAAAAGGAGCAGACAAAAGUGAAAUGGACAUUUCAAAGAUUACUGAGAAGGACCAAGAUGUAAAAGAAGUCCUAGAUUCUGACAAUGAUAAAUCCCUUAAGGAAGAACCAAUGGAAAUAGAUGAUGGUGUGAAAACAGAGUCACAUAUAAAUUGUCAGGAAAGUUCUCAAGUAGAUGUGGUCAAUGUCAGUGAGGGUUUUCAUCUAAGGACUAGUUAUAAAAAGAAAAUUAAAUCAUCCAAACUAGAUGGACUUCUUGAAAGGAGAAUUAAACAGUUUACAUUGGAAGAAAAACAGCGCCUCGAAAAAAUGAAGUUGGAGGGUGGAAUUAAGGGUACAGGAAAGACCUCUACAAGCUCUUUGAAAAGUCUGUCAGAGUCACCAAUAAUAACAAAAACAAAAGAAGGGUGUCAAAGUGACUUGCUUAGACAAGAGCAAAGCCCUAAUGUAAGGAAUGAUAAAUCUGAAGACUUUAUUCGAGGAUGUUCACAAAGUGAUUCCUCAAUUCUGGGAAUCAGUGAUCCUGAUCAUACAACAAGUAAACUUUAUCCAAAAGAUCAAAUGUUAGAUGACAUCUCCAUUCAGAGCCCAGGGACAAACUGUCAGAAACAAAAUUCUGUUGGAAAUGACAUAGAUGAGAGUCUCUCUGAACCUUCCAGUAAAGGUCAGGAACCCAGUAAGAUUAAAAGAAAAGGAAGUGACUUUCUCAUCGAUGAUUCUAAACUAGCCAGUGCAGAUGAAAUUGGUACUUUGAUCUAUAAGAACGAAAAACCACUCAUACAGGAGGAUAAUGACACCAUUGUUUCUCCUUCCCAGAGCCCUUUACUUCCAUCAGUAUCUAAAAGUACUGAUAAUAGAGAUAUCCCAUCUCUGUCAAAAGCAGUGGACUUUGAAGGAAAACUGGGAUGUGACUCUGAAUAUAAUAGCACUUUGGAAAAUAGCUCUGAUACGAUGUCUGUUCAAGACAGCAGUGAAGAAGAUAUGAUUGUUCAGAAUAGCAAUGACAGCAUUUCUGAGCAGUUCAUAACCCAAGAACAAGGUAUCGAAGGCUUGGAACCAUUGAAACAUGAAUUUGUUUCAGAUAAGUCCACUGGAAACUGUGAUGACAGGCUGCAGGGUAAGGUAACUGAAGCAAAUGGUAAAAAACCAAGUCAAGAACAGAAAUUAGAGGAGAGACCAGUUAAUAAAUGUAGUGAUCAAAUAAAUCUAAAAAGUAGCAGCAAAAAGAAUAAUGAAAAUCGAGACUCUGAAAAGAAAGGACAGAAAGCAAGUACCUUUCAAAUAAAUGGAAAAGAUAAUAAACCUAAAGUAUAUUUGAAAGGUGAAUGCUUAAAAGAAAUCUCUGAGAGUAAAGUAGUAAGUGGUGAUGUUGAACCAAAGGUUAAUAAUAUCAGUAAAAUAAUUCCUGGAAAUGAUAUUAAGUCUUUGACUGUUAAAGAAUCUGCUGUAAAGCCAUUCAUGAAUGGUGAUGUCAUCAUGGAAGAUUUUAAUGAAAAAAACAACUUGGAAACAAACUCAUGUUUACUGAGAUCUUCAGAUGCUGAGGGUGACUACCAAGAUGGCCUAGAGACCCUGCCAAUAGCCAAAGAGUCUGAGAGUGCACCAGCUGCCACAUCUCCACCAUCUUGUCUAGAAAGCAGUUCAACAAAUCAGGUAGAAGAUAUGGAAAUUGAAACCUCAGAAGUGAAGAAAGUUACUCCGUCACCUAUUACUUCUGGAGAGGAAUCGAACCUUAGUAAUGAUUUUGUUGAUGAAAAUGGUCUGCCCACCAUCAAAGAUGAAAGUGUCAAUGGAGAAUCGAAAAGAAAAACAGUCAUCACAGAAGUCACCACCACCACAUCCACAGUGGCCACAGAAUCAAAAACUGUAAUCAAAGUAGCAAAAGGCGAUAAGCAAACUAUGGUCUCCUCCACAGAGAACUGUGCCAAAUCCACUGUCACAACCACCACUACAACAGUAACACAGCUUUCCACACCCUCCACAGGCAGUAGUGUGGACAUCAUCUCUGUGAAGGAGCAGAGUAAAACCGUGGUCACGACCACAGUGACAGACUCACUAACCACUGCAGGGGGCACUCUGGUAACAUCCAUGACGGUGAGCAAAGAAUAUUCCACAAGAGACAAAGUGAAACUCAUGAAAUUUUCAAGACCCAAGAAGACCCGUUCAGGUACAGCACUACCAUCCUAUCGCAAGUUUAUCACCAAAAGCAGCAAGAAGAGCAUAUUUGUUUUGCCUAAUGAUGACUUAAAAAAAUUGGCCAGAAAAGGAGGAAUCCGAGAAGUCCCUUAUUUUAAUUACAAUGCUAAACCUGCCUUGGAUAUAUGGCCAUACCCUUCUCCUAGACCAACCUUUGGUAUCACGUGGAGGUAUAGACUUCAGACUGUUAAGUCCUUGGCUGGAGUGAGCCUUAUGUUGCGGUUACUGUGGGCAAGUCUGAGGUGGGAUGACAUGGCAGCCAAGGCGCCUCCGGGAGGAGGGACGACACGGACAGAAACAUCUGAAACUGAAAUCACAACAACAGAAAUCAUUAAGAGACGAGAUGUUGGUCCUUACGGCAUUCGAUCUGAAUAUUGUAUCAGAAAAAUCAUUUGCCCCAUUGGAGUUCCAGAGGCACCAAAAGAAACACCUACACCUCAGAGGAAAGGCCUUCGAUCAAGCGCAUUGCGGCCAAAGAGACCAGAAACUCCCAAGCAAACUGGCCCUGUUAUUAUUGAAACCUGGGUAGCAGAAGAAGAGUUGGAAUUAUGGGAGAUCAGGGCGUUUGCUGAGAGAGUGGAGAAAGAAAAGGCACAAGCAGUUGAGCAACAGGCUAAGGUUAGUGAACAGAAGAAGGCAGAGGACCUCAAGGCCCAAAUGGAGGCUCACCUCAAACAGCAGCGCUUGGCUGCCCAGCAGAAACGAUUGGAACAGCAGAAGCCUACAGUAAUUUCAGCUUCCACUACUUCCCCAACAAACAGUACAACUAGUACCAUCUCUCCAGCACAGAAAGUUAUGGUGGCCCCCCUAAGUGGCUCCGUUACAACGGGAACUAAAAUGGUACUAACCACCAAAGUUGGAUCUCCAGCUACAGUAACAUUCCAGCAGAACAAGAACUUCCAUCAGACCUUUGCUACCUGGGUCAAGCAAGGCCAGGCAAAUUCAGCCACCAGCACAGCUGCCACAUCUGCUACAACCAUUGCCAGCACAGGUCAGACGUUCCAAAUUACAGGCAAUCCAGUCACUAUGGCAGGAAAAGUAAUUACCAAACUGCCACUUCCUGCAAACAGCAAGAUUGUCGCUGUAAAUGUGCCAGCAACACAAGGAGGCGUUGUUCAAGUACAGCAGAAAGUCCUGGGGAUCAUUCCAUCAAGUACAGGUACAAGUCAGCAAACCUUUACUUCAUUCCAGCCCAGGACAGCAACAGUCACAAUUAGGCCCAAUACCUCAGGCUCUGGAGGAACCACAAGCACUUCACAAGUAAUCACAGGGCCUCAGAUCCGCCCUGGUAUGACAGUGAUUAGAACACCACUCCAACAGUCAACACUAGGAAAGGCAAUUAUUCGAACACCUGUGAUGGUACAGCCAGGUACUCCUCAGCAAGUGGUGACUCAGAUCAUCAGAGGGCAGCCUGUUUCCACUGCCAUCUCUGCCCCUAAUGCAGUUUCCUCAAGCCCUGGGCAGAAAGGCUUACCUUCAGGACCAUCCACUGCAAAUCUGCAGUCGUCAACCUCACAAUCCCCUCGUCCCCAGCAAGGACAGGUGAAGCUUACCAUGGCACAGCUCACCCAGUUAACACAGGGCCACGGUGGCAAUCAAGGUUUGACAGUAGUAAUUCAAGGACAAGGUCAAACUACAGGACAGUUGCAGUUGAUACCUCAAGGGGUGACUAUACUUCCAGGUCCAGGACAGCAGCUGAUGCAAGCAGCGAUGCCAAAUGGUACUGUUCAGCGCUUCUUGUUUACCCCACUGGCAACAACAGCCACAACGGCCAGCACCACCACCACCACCACCGUUUCCACUACAGCAGCAGGUACAAGUGAGCAAAGGCAGAGUAAAUUGUCACCCCCGACACAGGUGCAACAAGCCAAAACACUGCCACCAGCUCAGUCAUCAAGUGUGGGUCCUCCGGAAGCCCAGCCACCGACUGCUCAGCCUUCAGCUCAGCCCCAGCCACAAACCCAGCCCCAAUCCCCAGCUCAGCCUGAAGUUCAGACUCAGCCUGAAGUUCAGCCCCAAACAACUGUUGCAUCCCAUGUCCCUUCUGAAGCACAACCCACCCAAGCACAGUCAUCCAAACCCCAAGUCGCAGCACAGUGUCAGCCUCAAAGUAAUGUCCAAGGACAGUCUCCUGCUCGCGUCCAGAGUCCACCACAGACUCGAAUACGUCCAUCAACUCCAUCCCAGGUGUCUCCUGGACAGCAAGCCCAGGUUCAGACUACAACCUCCCAACCGAUUCCAAUUCAGCCACAUACAUCUCUUCAGAUACCUUCCCAGGGCCAGCCACAGUCACAACCCCAGGUACAGUCUUCACCUCAAACUCUUUCAUCAGGACAAACGUUAAGUCAAGUUACUGUUCCAUCCCCAUCCCGUCCUCAGCUACAAAUACAGCAGCCACAGCCCCAAGUCCUGGCUGUGCCUCAGCUGCAACAACAAGUCCAGGUUCUCUCUCAGAUCCAGUCGCAGGUUGUGGCUCAGAUACAGGCUCAGCAAGGUGGUGUGCCCCAGCAAAUCAAACUCCAGUUACCUAUUCAAAUUCAGCAAAGCAAUCCUGUACAGACUCACCAGAUUCAGAAUGUGGUCACAGUGCAGGCAGCCAGUGUGCAAGAGCAGUUGCAGAGGGUUCAGCAACUCAGGGAUCAGCAGCAAAAGAAGAAACAGCAACAGAUAGAAAUUAAGCGGGAACACACCCUCCAAGCUUCUAACCAAAGUGAAAUCAUUCAGAAACAGGUGGUGAUGAAGCAUAAUGCUGUAAUAGAACAUUUAAAACAGAAAAAGACCAUGACUCCAGCUGAAAGAGAAGAGAAUCAAAGAAUGAUUGUCUGUAACCAGGUGAUGAAGUAUAUUUUGGAUAAGAUAGAUAAAGAAGAAAAACAAGCAGCAAAAAAACGGAAGCGCGAAGAGAGCGUGGAACAGAAACGUAGCAAGCAGAAUGCUACCAAGCUUUCUGCACUGCUCUUCAAACACAAAGAGCAGCUCAAAGCUGAAAUCCUGAAAAAGAGAGCUCUCCUGGAUAAGGACCUACAAAUUGAAGUGCAGGAAGAGCUCAAGAGAGACCUGAAAAUUAAGAAAGAAAAAGAAAUGGUGCAGGCCACAGCAGUAGCUGCCACUUCCCCGCCUCCGGCCCCCCCGCCUUCGCCUCCGCCUCCGCCUCCCCCACAGCACUCGGGCCCUCUGGCCACGGCCACGGCCACGGCCACGGCCACACUGCCUGCGGCUUCCCAGAAGAGGAAGCGAGAAGAAGAAAGAGACUCAAGCUCCAAGUCCAAGAAGAAGAAAAUGAUUUCUACUACCUCAAAGGAAACUAAGAAGGACACAAAGCUUUACUGUAUCUGUAAAACGCCUUAUGAUGAAUCUAAAUUCUAUAUUGGCUGUGAUCGGUGUCAGAAUUGGUACCAUGGGCGCUGCGUUGGCAUCUUGCAGAGUGAGGCAGAGCUCAUUGACGAGUAUGUCUGUCCACAGUGCCAGUCGACAGAGGAUGCCAUGACAGUGCUCACGCCGCUGACAGAGAAGGACUAUGAGGGUUUGAAGAGGGUGCUGCGCUCUUUACAGGCCCAUAAGAUGGCCUGGCCUUUCCUUGAACCAGUGGAUCCUAAUGAUGCACCAGACUACUACGGUGUUAUUAAGGAACCAAUGGACCUUGCCACCAUGGAAGAAAGAAUACAGAGACGAUAUUAUGAAAAGCUGACGGAAUUUGUGGCAGAUAUGACCAAAAUUUUUGAUAACUGUCGUUACUACAAUCCAAGUGACUCCCCUUUUUACCAGUGUGCAGAAGUUCUUGAAUCAUUCUUUGUACAGAAAUUGAAAGGAUUCAAAGCUAGCAGGUCUCAUAACAACAAACUGCAGUCUACAGCUUCUUAAAGUUCAGCGUGUUAACCUAAACAUAAAACACAGCAAGAAUCUGGUUGUCUGAACUAUUUUAAAUUAAGGAGCCAGAUGUUUUUAGUCAGGUUAUCCUGACAAGACUUGACCUAAACUUCGUUUUUAUUGGUCAUAACAGUCCAAUUAUAUUCUUGACCAAUUUUGUCCAACGGACAAGGGAAAAGCAAAGUCAACGACACCAUUAUCUUGUCAAGAUCAAAUGGUUUUAUUGUUGUGGCAGAAGCGGGAAAACUUUGUUUAUUGAAAAAAAAAAGAAAAAAGGAAGCAAGAAAAAAAGAUAAUAUGGGGUCAAGUGUAACUCCAUGGAAAUGCCACGUCUGCUCUUCAGUGAAGAAGCUGGUUUAGAGUCUCACAGAAAACUUUUGACUGUAUUUAUUUAUUGUUGCAAAAAAGACGCUUUUUUAUUGCUGCCCUCAUUUGUCAGCUAAUUAUUUUUUCUUAUAAAAUUCAGCCCCGGUUACAUGUAAUCCAUUCUGUAUCUUAUCAUGAUUCCUGUAGGUAAAAGUACAAGACGACCUCUAGAUGUCUUUUCUUUCUAUGAAAGGAGCUGCUAUGUACACAUGUGCACACACACACACACACACACACACACAACUGGGAAUCAACAAUGCGUUCAUUGUUCAUGAUAGAUAAAAAUUAAGCUUGCAUAAAGGUUGGGCUAAGUGGUCCUGGACUACAGACUCUCUUGCCUUGAAUAUAACAGUACAAUUUGUCAUUUACUCUGCACCAGGCUAAAAUGAGUAAAAUCUAUUUGAAAGUAUCUUGUUUGUAAACAUUUGUCAGAUUCUAAUUUUUUUCUUUUUGUAUUAAAAUUCAACUAUGGAUGUAUAUGAAACAAAAUAAAUGGAGAUCAUUUUUCUCCCACAGAUGGUGUCUUUGAAUGUGCGCUAAUGAUUAUCUGUAAGCCUUUAAGGGGAAAGGGAGGGCUGCAAGGUAAAUAAAAGGCAGAAGAAUCUAAUGGGACCUGGAUUUGUCCAGGAUAUUAGUGGCCCUUCAGUUUACAAUGCCCAGCCCAUUGUCAUCACGUCAAAGAAAAAUCUUCAGGGGUGCUAGUCCUGUUGUAUCAAUUGAUCGUACUAGUGAAAAAGAUAAUGUGACAAAACAGACAUUGCCUUCACCUGUGUAUUAUAUGCUACCAGGCAAAUGAACAGUUAGCUACUUAUAUUUUAUGAAGGGCAUUUUUUUAGAUGACAUCAUCUUUUUUUGUAUUUUUUGUUGGUUGUGUUGUUUUGGGUAUUUUUCCACUAAGGAAAAGUGGUGUAAGCAGUAGGAAAAAAGAUGGAAACAAUGGAGGAGGGUGUAUUUUGCAUGUUUUUCCUUUCAGUGUUCUAACCUUACACUUGUAUUACGGCAUUGUAAUAAUAGCUUCUAGAAGAUCUUCCACGGUUGGUUUAUGCAGCUUUGCGAAAAUUUGACUAGAUUUUGCACUAAUUCAUAUUAGCUUUGUCCUGCCAAGUUCUGGAAUUUACCUAAUUAUUGUUUUUAAAAAGUUUCCUUCUGUUUAAUAUCACCCUGCUAUGCAAAACCUUUCCCAGACCAUAGUUUCUCAAAAGAAAGAUAUUGCUACAGUUCCCAAUUCUUUCUUAUUACAGGCUCAGGUGUACAGGUUAUUCUGUGUUUUUAUCUAAGGAAGCCCAUUUUUGUACAUAAAAAUGUCACUUAAACCUAUGCUUACAAACUAAAGAGAUUAAUUGCUCAAUAUGAAAACAUGGAAACCGUUUUUGCUUAAAAUAUUAACAUGGAAGUAGUCAAAUAUAGGUUAUUUUGUCCUUUUACUUUUUGAAAAAUGUUACAUAUUGUAUGCACUGUGCUGAUGCAAGAAUGCUACAUUUUAAUGAAUUAUAAAAUUAUUCUGCAUCUCAUCACAUCACAGUAUUUCUGUACUAUUUAUUCAUAUAUAUAUAGAUAUAUAUGGGCUUAAUCAUUUAAAACUUGUUGCGGCAAGAACUUUCCUACCUGUAGGCAAUAGAUUGCUAUGUUUUUAACAGAUUGUGGCAAAUUCUAAACAGCUAUUCUUUUUGUACGUAAUAGGACAUUUCAUCCUAGAAAAAUAAAGUAAUGUUUUUGACAUUGGAUUUGGUGCAGUUUCUAAUGAAACAGUGGUUGGUUGAUAUAUUUUCUGUAGCUGUUGGCCUUGCCAGAUUGUACAAAAAAAGGUAAAUUUUAUGGUAAUCCUCUGUCCAGGAAGAUGUUAAUUUCAUAUGUGUAUUUAAUAUUACAAAGUUUUGCAAUUUCUAUCACCAUAUAAAUACAUAGACAUUUUAUAGUUUUAUCAACUACGGAGCUUUAGUCUUCCAAAAGUAAUUUUUGAAAAACAUACAUUCUUAUAACACGUAAGGAGUUUCCAAAGCUGCUUUUCUAUGAGUAUACUUCGACAAGCUUCUGCUAUUCAAUAAAAGACACAUAUUACAGCUAUUUUGCUUUCAAUAAUCCAAGAAGUAGAAUGCACAUUUGUGAUACUGUUAGGAUUUUUCUACUCAGUCUUUGGGCUUGUAAAUAAUUUGCAUUACUGGAUUUCCUUUGCUAAAGGUAUUUUCAAUGCUUGUUGUGUUUCAUCUGCCAAAUUAACAAUCCUUAAACUACUGCGUUUCCCGGAAAAUAAGAUCUAGCCGGACCAUCAGCUCUAAUGCGUCUUUUGGAGCA